CGAUAGCAAGUGGUCAGUGACGGAAUAUCCCAGCAGUUCCCUUGACAGCCAAUGGGAAUUGAACUUGGAGGCUAUCAAAAACCUGUCAUUCAUUUUAAAAGCUCUUCAUGUUUGUAGAGAGGCUUGUAGAAGAUGGACAUGUUGAAGCUGAAAGGAGGAGGGAAAGAAAAACAGAAAAAAUGGGAGAAAAGAGAGAGAAACCAGAAACCCGGCAGACAUCUGGCGGAGAGUCAAUGCAAAGAAAGAACAGCUGGAUUGUGUCAAUGCCCCAGAAAAUUAAUACCAUCCCCAGAAGGGAGGAGGUUGUUUUUGGAACUGGAUGCUUUCGGAGGCCAGAGAAAGAAAAAAACGAGUUUCUUGCCAGUGUUGCAUCAAAAGAAACUUGGGAGGGAAGGUUCAGAUGUAGGAGCUGAGCAGGAAAGCGAAGGUUAGAGAUGGAAGGAGAGGAGAGAAGGUGAGGAGUUAAUAAAGUUGUAGCUGGGGGUAGGGUCCUUGUAUGUCCAUGUUUUUUUGGGCUGUAAACUGAUGAGAUCAUCAGUAUUUUCAAGCAAAGGAAGGCGAGCAGAAGGGAAAGCAACCUUUGGGGAAGAAAAAGAAAAGGAGAAGAGAACCACACAGGAGCCAUGGAGUUGUCCAUCCAGUGCCUUUUGGCUCUGAUGUUGUUUCUGCAAGACUCGGUGGUUCAUUCUUAUUCAGUCCCUGCAGAUGCCUCCAAUCUGGAGAGCGUCGUGGUGUCGGUCCUGAACGUCACGGCCAAGGCGGGUUCCCGGACCGUGCUCUCUUGCAAGAGCUACCGCAUGGUGUGGACCCAGGACCGGCUGAACGACCGCCAGCGCGUGGUCCAUUGGGACCUCUACCGGAGCCAGAUCGGGGCGGAAAGGCUCUGCGACAUGUACUCGGCGGGCGACCAGAGGGUCUAUAGCACUAACAACCAAGGGCGGAUCUCCAUGACUGAGAAUGCAUUUGUGGACGGCAACUUCUCAUUGGUGGUCAAAGACCUUGCUGAGAGCGACCAAGGCAUUUACUCUUGCAGUCUCCACCACCAUUAUUGCCAUCUGUACGAAACGGUGCAAGUACAGCUCACUGUCACCAAAAGACCCAGAGAAGUGCAAAAGUAUUGGGAUGGGGAGAAACCGGUGAUCGUGGCCCUGAAAGGCAGCACCGUCGUCCUGCCCUGCAUCAACCGGAACCAGGUCUGGACCGAGCGGCAUGACGAGGAGGAGCAGCAAGUGGUCCACUGGGACCGCCAGCCGCCGGGAGUGCCGCACGACCGAGCCGACCGCCUCAUCGACCUCUAUGCCUCGGGAGAAGGGCGCUCCUACGGGCCGCUCUUCAUGCGGCAGAAGAUGAACAUCACCGAGAAGGCCUUUGCCCUGGGAGACUUCUCCCUGAGGAUCUCCGGCUUGGAAGUGGCCGACGAGGGCACCUACUCCUGCCACCUCCACCACCAUUACUGCGGCCUCCAUGAGCGCAGGAUCUUUCAGGUUUCGGUUGUGGAGCCAGAACCAGAAAGGAAGGUGGUGGUGAACAUCACCCACUCCAGUCCACCCGUUGCCGACCCGAACGCAGGGCACAGCCACAACGUCAUCAACGUCAUCAUUCCGGAUACCCGGGCCCAUUUCUUCCACCAGCUGAGCUACAUCCUGCCGAUGCUCUUGCUCUUCCUCCUGCUCCUGAUCCUCGUGGUUCUCAUCGCUCACAAGCACCGGAGGAGAGGUUUCGAGUACAACGUGAAGAAAUACGACGAGAAAGAUAUCCAUCUCAGAGACUUCCCAGUUGAUACAACCGAUUUGUCCAACUAUAAAAAUGAAGACAUAAGACUGGAUUACAAGAACAACAUUCUGAAGGAGAAGUCGGAGCAAAACCGGGUCCUCCCCGCCAAAAACAUUGAUCUAGAUAAAGAUUUCCGGAAAGAAUACUGUAAAUGAGAACGACCACUCUAAGCGACUGGCUGGACCAGGAGCUCCGUCUGGAAUUUAAACCAAAGCUUUUUUUAAAAAAAAAUGCCACACCUCCCAUUACCAGAACUUCUCUGUAGACUUCCUUCCUGUCUUUGGAGAGUAAGAAAGGUAUAAAUGAUAAAUGCUAUAGAGCAGGCAUGGGCAGAUUUGGGUCCUCUGGGUGCUUUGGACUACAACUCCCAGCAUUCCUAACAGCCUCAGGCCCUUUCCUUUCCCCCCUCAGCCGCUUAAGCGGCUGAGGGGGGAAAGGAAGGGGCCUGAGGCUGUUAGGAAUGCUGGGAGUUGUAGUCCAAAACACCUGGAGGACCCAAAUCUGCCCAUACCUGUUGUAAGGACUCCUUUCUCCCUUCUCCAGCUCUACUGACGUUCUAGCCCUCUUCCAUUUGUUGUCUGCUGAAGCCUUUCUCUAUAUUGCCCUCUUGUGGCUGCGUCUGAGCACUGCAUACAUGCAUAUAUAUUUAUUCUUUUUUGGGGAUUUCUAUCCCCAAAAGAGGCAAAUAUUUUAGUUGAAACCUUACCAGCAUAUUCAUUCUGAUAAUGAAAGCUACGUGUACCACAUUUGGUCCAGAUCCAUCAAGCCACGUAGGAGCUUUUGCAGAACAUACAUACAAACGUAUUUUCAUUUUAACGUGGGAAAUCUGUGUUUGAAAAAGUCAUUUUUUUAUGGUACAAAAUGCACAAGGUUGUGGAUUAACUAUAACUGAUACCAUGCCAGGUUCACACUGAGAAACUCCAUUUGUUACGUUGGGCCGGUUUUCUCUGGAUGCAUCCUCAAUGGAGUUGAGUGUGCUCUCCGGCUGUAGGGUAAACUACAACUCCCACUAUGGUGAACCAGUCCCCUCAAAUCUCUCCAGUGGGUUGAGUUAGUCAUGGGGGUUCUGUGUGUCAAGUUUGGACCAGGUCCAUCAUCGGUGGACGUCACAGUUUCCUUGGUUGUGGGUGAACUACAACUCCCAGAAAGGAAGGUCAAUUUCACCAAACCUCUCCAGUGAUUGAAUUUUUGUGGGUUUGUGUUCCAAGUUGGGUCCAGAUCCAUCGGUGUUUGGGUUCACAGUGGAUGUAGGUGAACUACAACUCCCCCAAAUCAAGGUGAAUUUUCCCCAAAGACCUCCAGUGUUUUUUGCUGGUCAUGGGGACUCUGUGUGCCAAGUUUGAUACAAUUUCAUCUUUGGUGAAGUUGAGUGUUCAUUGAUUGCAGGUGAACUAUAAAUCCCAGUACCUACAACUUGUAGAAAUCCCUCCAAAGACCUCCAGUAUUUUUUGCAAGUCAUGGGGACUCUGUGUGCCAAGUUUGGUCCAAUACCAUCUUUGGUGUAGUUCUCACUGAUUGCAGGUGAACUAUAAAUCCCAGUACCUCUAACUCAAAGAAAUCCCUCCAAAGACCUCCAAUAUUCAUUGCUGGUCAUGGGGGCUCAGUGUGCCAAGUUUGGUCCAAUACCAUCUUUGGUGUAGUUCUCACUGAUUGCAGGUGAACUAUAAAUCCCAAUAACUACAACUCGUAGAAAUCCCUCCAAAGACCUCCAGUAAUUUUUACCGGUCAUGGAGGCUCUGUGUGCCAAGUUUGGUCCAGUUUCAUCUUUGGUGGUGUUCAGAGUGCUCACUGAUUGCAGGUAAACUAUAAAUCCCAGUACCUAUAACUCGUAGAAAUGCCUCCAAAGACUUCCAGUCCCAGUACCUACAACUUGUAGAAAUCCCUCCAAAGACCUCCAGUAUUCAUUGCUGGUCAUGGGGGCUCAGUGUGCCAAGUUUGAUCCAAUUCCAUCUUUGGUGUAGUUCUGAGUGGUCACUGAUUGCAGGUAAACUAUAAAUCCCAGUAUCUGUGACUUGUAGAAAUCCCUCCAAAGACCUCCAGUAUUUUUUUACUGGUCAUGGGGACUCUGUGUGCCAAGUUUGGUCCAAUACGAUCUUUGGUGUAGUUCUGAGUGCUCACUGAUUGCAGGUGAACUAUAAAUCCCAGUACCUACGACUUGUAGAAAUCCCUCCAAAGACCUCCAGUAUUUUUGCAAGUCAUGGGACUCUGUAUACCAAGUUUGGUCCAAUUCCAUCUUUGGUGGAGUUCAGAGUGCUCACUGAUUGCAGGUGAACUAUAAAUCCCAAUAACUACAACUCGUAGAAAUCCCUCCGAAGACCUCCAGUAAUUUUUACCGGUCAUGGAGGCUCUGUGUGCCAAGUUUGGUCCAGUUUCAUCUUUGGUGGAGUUCAGAGUGCUCACUGAUUGCAGGUGAACUAUAAAUCCCAGUACCUACGACUUGUAGAAAUCCCUCCAAAGACCUCCAGUAUUUUUUGCAAGUCAUGGGGACUCUGUGUGCCACGUUUGGUCCAAUACUAUCUUUGGUGUAGUUCAGAGUGCUCACUGAUUGCAGGUGAACUAUAAAUCCCAGUACCUAUGACUUGUAGAAAUCCCUCCAAAGACCUCCAGUAUUUUUUGCAAGUCAUGGGGACUCUGUGUGCCAAGUUUGGUCCAGUUUCAUGUUUGGUGGAGUUCAGAGUGCUCACUGAUUGCAGGUAAACUAUAAAUCCCAGUACCUAUAACUCGUAGAAAUCCCUCCAAAGACUUCCAGUCCCAGUACCUACAACUUGUAGAAAUCCCUCCAAAGACCUCCAGUAUUCAUUGCUGGUCAUGGGGGCUCAGUGUGCCAAGUUUGAUCCAAUUCCAUCUUUGGUGUAGUUCUGAGUGGUCACUGAUUGCAGGUAAACUAUAAAUCCCAGUAUCUGUGACUUGUAGAAAUCCCUCCAAAGACCUCCAGUAUUUUUUUACUGGUCAUGGGGACUCUGUGUGCCAAGUUUGGUCCAAUACGAUCUUUGGUGUAGUUCUGAGUGCUCACUGAUUGCAGGUGAACUAUAAAUCCCAGUAUCUAUGACUUGUAGAAAUCCCUCCAAAGACCUCCAGUAUUUUUUGCAAGUCAUGGGGACUCUGUAUACCAAGUUUGAUCCAAUUCCCUCUUUGGUGGAGUUCAGAGUGCUCACUGAUUGCAGGUGAACUAUAAAUCCCAAUAACUACAACUCGUAGAAAUCCCUCCGAAGACUUCCAGUAAUUUUUGCAAGUCAUGGGGACUCUGUGUGCCAAGUUUGGUCCAAUACCAUAUUUGGUGUAGUUCUCACUGAUUGCAGGUGAACUAUAAAUCCCAGUACCUAUGACUUGUAGAAAUCCCUCCAAAGACCUCCAGUAUUUUUUGCAAGUCAUGGGGACUCUGUGUGCCAAGUUUAGUCCAGUUUCAUCUUUGGUGUAGUUCUGAGUGCUCACUGAUUGUAGGUGAACUAUAAAUCCCAGUACCUAUGACUUGUAGAAAUCCCACCAAAGACCUCCAGUAUUUUUUGCAAGUCAUGGGGACUCUGUGUGCCAAGUUUGAUCCAAUUUCAUCUUUGGUGAAGUUGAGAGUGUUCAUUGAUUGCAGGUGAACUAUACAUCCCAGUACCUACAACUCCUGCAAAUCAUGGUGAAUUCUCCCCAAACCUCUCUAGUAUGUUCAGUUGCUGAUCAAUCCCUUUUUUGCUGUGUGCAGACACUUGUGGAAGUGGGAGCCUGUCUAGCCACACACAUGCAUACAUAUUUUCACUUUUAUUAUGUGUAUAGAAGAUGUAUGUAUAGAUAUGAUGCCGUUUUAAGGAGGAUAGAGGCAAGAUUGCUACACUCCUUUCCUGUCUUGACCCUUUUUAAUGUCUUUGUUCCAAAGAGUACUUGGUUUAAUUUGCAAUGAUAUUUUGAUUUAAAAAAAAUAAGCUGAAAAUAUAAAUGCUUGCUAUGAAACCUAGAACAGAGCCUGUAAUUUAUGUCAUCACACCAACAUGGCCAGGAAUGUCCGGUGCCUGCGGAUGAUUUCUACAGUUUUUCCUAUCUUUUGUGAAAAGGAAAACCACUUUUAGGUUUGCAUUUCAGCGUUCGCGAAAUCCAAGUGCUCCAAAUACCAGCGCAAUGAGGUCUUCCCUUUGCCAAAUCUUGACUGUUGGAGAGCAUGAAAUGCUAUUAAAAAUACCUUCAGAAGUUA